AUGUGCUACGUGGGGAAAGCAACAAAGAUCUUCAUCUUCAUAGUGACGGUGCUCGUUGUUCUCGGUCUGGUUUUGGGAUUGGGGCUCCUACGCCGCCACCACCACAACAACACUACAAUUGAAUGUUCCGAUGGGUCUUGCAUUCCUCCACCAACCACAUUCCCAAACCCCAAUUUCAAUUCACCAACUCCACCUUCCCCCCUUCAAUACCCCACUACCCCACCAACCACUCCGGUUACAAAUCCAACCCCUCCUCCUCCUUCCGACACCAACCCAUCUUCGCCACCGCCACCGCCACCGCCGGUGCUCCAAUCGCCACCCCCGCCGCCGGAGGAAACUUCCCCUCCAAAUUCUCCAAGUGUGGCGGCGCCACCGAUUAAUACACCUACACCAGGGUCGGCCCUGGUGGCCCCAGGUCCUGUACAUGCUAUUGUGUAG